AUGGGCACCAAAGCAGUGCACCUUGAAUUAGUCAGCGAUCUGACCACGGAAGCUUUUAUCGCUUGCUUGAAAAGACUUUUCUCUAGACGCGGAAUAUCAAAAACAAUCCAUUCGGAUAAUGCCACGAAUUUCGUCGGAGCUAGCCGAGAACUAAUGGAACUUAAUAAAUUAUUUCAAUCUGCUGAGCACAAUGAAAUGGUUCAAAAAUUUUUAGCUAAUCAAACGGUCACUUGGAAGUUCAUUCCUCCGCGCUCACCUCACUUUGGUGGUCUUUGGAAAGCGGCGGUUAAAUCCUUCAAACACCAUCUUGUUCGAACGGUGGGAGACACGUUGCUAACUUUUGAGCAAUUGGAAACAUGUGUUGUCGAAAUCGAAGCUAUCCUUAACUCUCGACCUAUCUCACCAAUGUCUCCCGAUCCUCAUGACCUUCAACCUCUGACUCCUGCUCACUUCCUGAUUGGUGGUCCUCUAACGAGCUUUCCGCAGAUGGACCUCACGGAAACAACCUCAAAUCGCAUAUCUGCCUGGCAACACGCACAAAAAUUGCGCCAGCAUUUUUGGAAAAGAUGGCAGAAAGAAUAUCUCCAUCAACUAACCGUUCGCAGCAAAUGGCAAGGCAAUGCAAAUCCUUGCAUCAAGUUGAAUACCUUGGUAAUUAUCAUGGAAGAUAACCUUCCACCUCUACAGUGGAAACUCCAUCGAAUUGUCGACACUCAUCCUGGUCAAGAUGGCAUCAUCAGGGUAGCUACUGUGAAGAUUGAUACGGGAGAGUACAAGCGCUGCAUUAAAAGGCUCUGUCCUCUUCCUAUUGAGUAUUCUUCAGAAAUUGAAGAAGUGAAGAAAUCUUCACAAUAA